AUGUCAUAUGACGACAAAUAUAGACACUUCUCCAUGGCAAAGAUGAGACAAGUUUUAAAUAUUUACAAUAGCCGUAAACAAAAAGGUUUGGGAAACCACUCCCCCGAAGAAAUGAAAAACAACCCCGACUUAGAGAAAGACUAUAUAUUUAAUAGUUUAGUCAAAAGAGACAAACAAGAAAGAAUGCCAGGCUUCAAACUUAAGAAAGGUGACAAAGUAAAAAUAGAAAUACCUAAACGCGACCCAUAUGAAAAUACUAUUGACUAUGACAACAAUGGGAACUCGACAGGUACUCACAUUCGUGUUCGUAAAAAUAGAAGAAAGUAUACAAGAGAAUAUUAUGAAGUUUUAGGCAAACAUGGCAAAAUGUACAGACUGCAAGCAGAAGAUAAAACUACUAUUGUCAGACCUCGUUUCAAACUUGUCAAAGUUCAAGGUGGUAUACUUUCAAAGACAGUUCCUAACAAAUAUAAGACAACUCCUGACGAAUAUGCUAAAGAAGUUGAAAAUGACGACUAA